GGAGUCCUCUGCUGAUAAGCAUAACUGUGUCGUGGUGCCGGCAGCAUGCUUUGGCUACUGGUCUUGCGGAAUCCGUGACAGAGGGAGGACAACGACUGGGAUUCUCCUCUCGUGGAAUACAAGAUGGUCUGCGGUUGUUCGUUGGCGCCAUUCGGAACCGCUUGUAUUUCUUUAUUUUGAUAAUUUCACACUCUUCAUGGAUUGACAAUCUAGAUCUAGAGUUUAGUAGAUGUAGGAUUAGUAGAAGCUUUUCAUGUCUGAGACGAGACUUGUUGCUACUUUCUUCUUGUUCCGUCAAAGUGCUUCCCGCGUCACACCGUGUGACGCCCGGUAUGCUUAUCAAUCUCAGAAGAGCAUCUUCGGGCUGUCAUCUUUUUACACAGUGUUUAUUCUAGUAUUAGUAAUAAUAUCUUGUUUCUAGUACAAUUCAAGACUCCGCUGAACGUCGAGAAUUUUAGACUGUUUUUGUUGCAUAUUAAGCUAAUCCGGGACUCAUAUUAUAGGGCAAGUUGCUUUCUCUUUAGAAAGAGUGAACUUUUGGCGCGAAAGCAUUCCGGGCGUCACAUCUUGUGACGCCCGGCAUGAUAGUAGGCUUUUUUACGUUGGUUGGUUGAAAGAGAAGACGUUUUUUCCUUCGCCUGAGCUACUGCUGGUAAUUGAAAUGCAAACUCUGGAAUUCAUACUUUUGCUAAGUUUCCUUGUUCCGCAUCUUGCUAGAACCUUCACAAACAGAGGCUUUUCAUAUUUUUGGGAGUGAUAUGCUCGAUCUACGCAUCACCCCAGGUUCGAGGUUCUCGGGCAGAUCAUUACCGAUACUGAGAUUGCGUGCGGGCCAGUAGUCGAGUCAUUUUGUACGAGUGGCAGCUUUGAGUGGGACGAGGACUUUCACCGGUUCUAUCAAACUAUUUGGGAUUCAGCAACUUUUAGUUUCUCUGUCAUGGAG